AUGCUCAGAUCCACCGGCUAUUUCCGCGGCAUCGACUGCCCGUUCCUCAACGCCGGGGGGUCGGGGCCGGGCCGGGGGUGCCGCAGGCCCUACUGCCACUUCCGUCACCCCCCGGUGGCUCCGGCGCCGUGCGGAGCCUCCAGAGCCUCGGGUGACCCCAGCGUGGGGCUCCCCCUCGGACACGUCGCAGAGCGAGGCUAUGACCCCUACAACCCCGAGCUUCCCAGGCCCUUGCUGGAGGCAGAGGAUGGCACCCUGGCUGACAUUACAGAUGUCACACCCGGAAUUCUGGAGCUGGAGCUGGUCAACAAGGCCAUUGAGGCAGUGAAGAAUGAAGUGGAGAGGGAGCAGAAGAAGUAUGAGGAGCUGCUGGAAACCACAAAGGAGCUUGGUGCUUCAGAGGGCUCCUCACUCAUUUCAAACACACCUGUGUCAGCUGCUGGGCCUCAGAAUGAUUCCUUUGCCUCCUUGGAGUAUAACCCAGGGAGCUACAAUUUCAAUAAUAACUCUGACUACAACCCCACUCCCCUGGCUGCUGCUGGCAGGUCCAGUAAAUACACUUUGGAUUCCUCCCGCUCCAAAGGGAGCUCACUGGAAUAUGUCCCCAAGGCCGUAGUACAGAAUAAAAAAUACAGCAGCACUGUCACUAACAAUAAAUACGUGAUUGAUGACUCCAAACCUUCCACAGACUUGGAGUAUGAUCCCCUUUCCAAUUACUCUGCCAGGCUGUUGGGCAAAGCCACAAGCAAGGGGUCCAAAAGGGAGAGGGUCUCUGAUUAUGAGGACUCUUACUCUCCAUCACGGAAGAAACUCUGUGAAGAUCCUGAUGAUGACGAGGUGUUGGCCAGGUUCUCCUCCUCUGAAGAUGAGGCUGAGGUGGAAUAUAAAACAGCUUCUGGUAGUUCACCCUCAAAAGCUGGUUCUGAGAGUGAGUCAAACCAUGAGUUCUCCAGCAAAGAGCAGAGCACUAAAGUGGAUGGCUCUGCUUCCCAGGAGAGCAAAGAAGCAGCACAGCACAGGGAGGACCUUCCAAAUUCACAGAAAAACCUUGCCAAGAGCUCACCAGACAAGAACUCAAAAGCAGCAAAGUUGGGUUCUGGUAAGAGCAGCAAGGAAAUUGAAAAUAAAAACAAAGACUCCAAAGACAAAACAAAAAGGAAGAAAACAGAUGUUAGUAAAACACCAGGCCUCAGUGAGGCUGGGAAGAAGGAGAAAAAUAAAAAUGCAGACAAAGACAAAGUGCUCAAGAAAGAAGAAAAAUUAAAAACCAAGAAUGAAGAGAAAAACUGCAAAGACAAAAGCAUCAAAGUGAAAACAGAUGGGAACUUGAAGAAACCUGAAAAACAGAAGUCAGAAAAAGUGGAUGGGUGUAAGAAAGAAAAAUCCAAGUCCACCAGCAGCAGUUCUGGGAAAAGCAAGAGUGAGAGUGUCACCAAGGGCACAGAGAGAGUGGGGAGCAGCAAGAAGGACUCGCAGAGCAAAACAGCUGAUGUGAAAAAUGGCAAGGAAAGCUCUGGUCGUAAAAACAAGGAGAAAGGGCCCAAGAGCUCCCUGGAGCAAAGGAAAGACAAGGUCAGUCCUGCAGGACAAGGACACCUGAAGAAGGGUCGGAAGCAGCGGAGUUUGAGUCACGUGGACCUGUUUGGAGAUGAGAGUGGAGAUGACGAUGACAAAGGCCGGCCUUUGUCCUCCUCCUUGCUUGAUGUGAGCUCGGACUCGGACGGGGCUGACUCUGGCUCAGCCUCUGACAGUGACAGGGACAGGACAAAGAAAGCAAAACGCUCCAAGUUGUCCAAGUCAUCAUCAUCUUCCUCAACAUCUGAUGACAUUGAUUAUUCCAUCCUUGAGAAAGAUGUGGACUUCGAGUCAGAUCCCAUGGAGGAGUGUCUCAGGAUCUUUAAUGAAUCUAAAGAUGUGAAAACUGAAGACAAGGGAAGGCUGGGGAAACAGCCAUCCAAAGAGGAAGCAAAUGAAGAAAAGACAGAAGAUAAUUUAACUACCUUGUUUCCUGGCCAAAAAAGAAGGAUCUCUCAUCUUGUCAAACAAGGAAAUGCAGAGGCUCCGAGCAAGCCGGUAGUGCGGCCGUACCGUCCCCCCACGGCCCAGGAGGUGUGUUACCAGAGGAUCCAGCUGGCUCAGCAGCAGGCAGCACAGCUGGCUGGGACUGUUCAAAAGACCUCUCUCUGUUUGCCAGGAGAAAAGAGGAGGAUUGCUCACGUGCCAAAUGCAGCCCUCACCGCAGCAGCCAAGCAAAGCCUCGGGAGCAGUAAGGGGACUGUUGGUGGCAGGAGUGUCACACCUUCCAAUGACUCUGAAGCCCCCACCCUUCCUCUGAAGCCUUGCACCUUGGCUGGGAUGGCUUCCAAGACCACCAGCACCAUCGUGCCCAAAAGGGUAGCACAUGUUCCCUCCUUACAGAGCACCACUUUACAGAGGCCUGUUAUUCCCACAGAAUUUGGUGCUAAAGUCCCAACCAACAUUCGUCAGAGGUAUCUCAAUCUCUUCAUUGAUGAGUGCCUGAAAUUCUGCUCCUCCUCCCAGGAAGCCUUCGACAAGGCCCUGGCAGAGGAGAAGGUGGCCUAUGAGCGCAGCACCAGUCGCAACAUUUACCUGAACGUGGCCGUGAACACCCUGAAGAAGCUGCGCAGCCUCGUGCCCAACUCCCCGAGCAGCACCAACAAGACAAGCAACAAGAAGGUGGUGUCCCACGAAGCUGUGCUGGGAGGGAAGCUUGCUGCCAAGACCAGCUUUACUCUGAACCGCUCAGGGAGCCUGAGAGCCGAGGAUCUGACAGGAGCUGCCCUGUACCGGCGCCUCAAGGAGUACCUGCUGACUGAGGAGCAGCUCAAGGAGAACGGCUACCCAAUGCCUCACCCCGAGAAGCCUGGACGUGCUGUGCUCUUCACUGCAGAGGAGAAGAAAGUGAUUGACUCUUCAUGCAGGAUCUGCUGUCGCUGUGGCACUGAGUACAUGGUCUCAGCCUCGGGGAACUGCAUCAGGAAGGAGGAGUGUGUCCAUCACUGGGGGCGGCUGCGCAAGCAGAGAGUGCCAGGUGGGUGGGAAACUCACUACAGCUGCUGCUCCGGAGCUGUGGGGUCACCAGGCUGCCAGGUUGCUAAACAACACGUGCACGAUGGGCGCAAGGAGAGCCUGGAUGGUUUUGUGAAGACUUUUGAGAAGCUGCCCACGACUGAUGGCUACCCUGGGAUCUAUGCCUUAGACUGUGAAAUGUGCUACACUAAGCAAGGACUGGAGCUGACAAGAGUAACUGUGAUCAACUCGGAGCUGAAAGUGGUGUAUGACACCUUUGUCAAGCCAGACUCCAAGGUGGUGGAUUACAACACCAGGUUCUCAGGUGUGACAGAAGAGGACCUGGAGAACACGAGCAUCACCCUGCGGGAUGUCCAAGCCGUCCUACUGAACAUGUUCAGUGCAGACACCAUAUUGAUAGGGCACAGCUUGGAAAGCGACUUAUUUGCACUAAAGCUGAUCCAUGGCACUGUAGUGGACACAGCCAUCGUGUUCCCCCACCGCCUGGGGCUGCCCUACAAGCGUGCCCUGCGCACGCUCAUGGCCGACUACCUCAAACGCAUCAUCCAGGACAAUGUGGAAGGACACGACUCCAGCGAGGACGCCAGGGCCUGCAUGGAGCUCAUGGUGUGGAAGAUCAAGGAGGAUGCGAAAGUGAAGCGAUGACUGCGCCUGUGUCUCUGCUGUUCUCCUGCACCUCUGUGAAGAAGCAGUGCAAUAAAUGCCCACAGCCACUCUG